AUGCAAGGAUUUGCACUCUACGAUUGUGUGUUCCUUAAGGAUAACCCAUCUCUUUGUGGCAUAAUCGAACGCUCCAAUACCGAUGCCUACGAACCCUUGGACGAUGACUUGAUCAUUGGACACGCUGAUGUGCCUAUUGACAUCUUGAACAAUUUCAUCGAGUCUGGUGUCCCGCCUCCAGGUUAUUACUAUGUUGAGUUCGAAGAUGAAUCAUGUGGGAAGUCCUUGGUCGGUGAAAAUGAUAUCGAGCUGCUGUGUCGAACCUUUCAAAUUGGAGACAGUGUCAAACGCGAAGGUUCGCCUAUGACUGGCACUGUCAUCAAUUUGUCCGAGUCUUAUCUCCUCGCUCCAGUCCUCAGCUGUCCGGGCUACUUCAAAUCCCCAUAUCCAAAUCCUCAAAGUCUACCAACAUGUGGCCCUAACUGCCAAACCACCGGCCUACCUCCGCAUAUCGCUCAUCCUAAUCCUCAUGUCCUCAUCCGCGAUGUGCCUGCACGGGAGGUCAGACGAGCUCAAGAUCUUGUUAAGGACGACUAUUUACUAGCUCUAAACUGGGUUGGACGGGUAGAAGAUGUGUCACACGAUGUUGUUAUCUGUAUGGAGAACAAGGCCAUUGUGGUUUUGAGAACACUCGAUGGUUUAUAUCUACCCGUGAAAGACUACGGCAAGCCUCUGAUUGCAUUACCUGAAAGGGAAAUGUGGCGUCCUGAUGGUGUUGGGACCCUAGAAGGAUGGAGUCAGACUGUCCCGCUGAUCUACCCAAGAGUGGGACAGUUCGUUGUUGCAGACCGUUAUUUACUUCGUAGAGGUCGUUGGAUCCGAGGCAGUUAUGACGCCAAUGCCUCUGCACAAGGAACCAUUCUCGAGAUUCGGGCUGGAGAAGCUGCAGUGCAUUGGGAACAGCAUAGUUUUUCGAGCACCACACCUGAUUCGCGGGCGCCUCCUUACGAGCUGGAACUAUACGAAAACAGUCAGCAGUUCAAAUCAUCGGCCGAUUUACGACUCCGGACCGACAUGAUUGUAUAUGACUCAGGGAAGAUGCCUUCCAAGCACGAUGACCUAUCAUCCAUUCAAGACACUGCUCAAACCCAACACAGACAGAAGCAUCCUGGAAUCAUUGAUACCCGGGAUAUUUGUGCCGGGCAAGACAUCGGGGUUGGAGACCAUGUGCGAUUUCGUGAUCUCACAGCGGCUGCAGUCAAGUAUACAUUGCAGGGCGCCGAAAAAGUGCCUCAUGGAAGUCUGUUGAAAUUCGACCCAAAUUCGUUCUAUGGAUGGGACCUUAAUGAGUUCAAAAUACUACAUAUUCAUCAAUUGCCCACUGUUCUCUGGCAAGAUGGAUCGGUCACCACGGUUGAGUCUUCUGAGAUUUCUGGCUAUGCCCUCUUCGAGCCAGAGUUGGCCCCUACUGAUAUCGUGCUGAAGCGUGAAGGCAUGCGCCAGAGGGCAGUGGUUCCUAGCGGCCAGGGUCAAGCUGAGGUCAAGGAGUUCAACGAAAUGGCGUUUUUCGAGAGCCCCCAUGAUCUUCUUCCAGAGAAGGUCGGGGUCAUCCAAACCGUCGACAGUAUUGAGCGAGUCGCCACUGUAAGAUGGUUCAAGGAACCACACAUCGAGUUACGAACAAAUGGCCAAACUUUGUCGUCCCAUUCGCGGUAUGGACCGAUUGGGGAUGACAUCGAGGAUGUCUCACUGUACGAAAUCAUGACUUUCCCUUCAUUGCAACGGAAACUCAGAGAUAUGUGUAUCAUUGCACCAGACGUCAAGCGGCUACACAUCAAACAAGGCAAGGAUGACUUGGGAAACGCUGUACCAAGAGAACCUCUUGCAAGCGCCAGUACAACGCCAACGUCGGCACCGAAAGUGUUCAAAGGAUGGUCGCAAACACGAACCCAGGCGACUACCAACUCAAAGACGGACGUACACAACAAAGCUCUACACUCCAUUGAUUGGUUCGGAGAGAUUGUCGCUCUAGGGCUGGAUGGGUCAAACACAGUGAGACUUGGUGGGCAACAUCCGUGCCGAGAAAUUCACAUUAGUUUUGAUCGUGUCCUGGCACUCCUUGACAGUGAUGGCUUCCCGGAUGAUACAACAGAUGAUAACAUGGAUCUUGACUCCUUGCUAUUUGGCAGCUCGGACGGAAUGGAUGUGGAGCCCAUUGAACAGACGGUAGAAUAUGAGGGGGGGCAUCGCCUUGACAACGACAGCGACAGCGAGAACUGGGAGUCGGAAGGAACUGGAAUCGAUCUCAAUGAUGACGCCGAGUUUGCCGAUGCGAGGGAGGAACAAACCGACAGUGCUGCUGAUGUCGAGAUGACCAAUAAUGGUCCCAUCAUCGCCGAAACGAAACCUCAAGUUAGACAAGCAGGUAUCAUUCGCCUCAGCGAGCUUAUUGCCGAUGAAAGUCCUGCACAGUUCGCUGUCCUGGAGCAAGAACCACCACCUGAUCAGUUUGGCUUGCAUUCAGUAGCCAGUGCUGGAUCGUUUCUCAAGAGAAUUGUGAAAGAACACCGUGCACUGGCGACAUCGCUUCCAAUUGGCGAGAUCUACGUUCGGACAUAUGAGAGCAGACUCGAUUUGCUGCGGUGCAUCAUCAUAGGACCUCGGGACACGCCUUACGAGAGUGCGCCAUUUGUUGUCGACCUUUAUCUGCCGGACGGUUAUCCAGCGUCGCCUCCAACAGCUCACUUCCACAGCUGGACCAGUGGGCUAGGUCGGAUCAACCCGAACCUCUACGAAGAAGGCAAGAUAUGUUUGAGUCUACUGGGAACAUGGUCAGGCAAGAACGAGACCGAGAAAUGGAGUGAAAGUGCCACAAUUCUUCAACUUUUGGUCUCAUUACAAGGUCUAGUCCUGGUCAAGAGGCCGUUCUACAACGAAGCUGGCUUCGAAGGCUAUGAACACGACAAGGCAUACACCCGUGAAUCGGAACUUUACAGUGAAAAGGCAUUCCUCAUGGCAAGAGGAUUUGUGAAGUAUGCAAUGACCCAGCCUCCUGGUGGACUCGAAGACGUUCUGUCUUGGAUAUACCUCUCACUUCGAAACGCCGAAUCAACUUCACUUCUCAGCUCAAUCAUAGCAAACGGGAGAACGCUGAUUCAAAGAUCAGAGGAAGCAAGAAAGCAGAAAGAUGAUAGAUUAAUGGAUGCGGUUGGUCAAACGGAAGAUGAAACGAGAGCAUUUCUCAAGCCAUUGAGUUUGGGAGCCGCUGUGAUGUUGAAGAGGACUAUGAAUGAACUUGAAGGGCUGCUUGGACAGUUGUAG